AUGGCGGACGCGGACGGUGACGAAACCCCGGACGUGCACGCGGAGAUCAUGUCGGCGACGCGAGAUUACGUCGGACGACGCGUCGAGCGGUUGGACGCGCCGCCGUCGUCGAUUGAAUUUUUGAGAAAGUACGUAUGCAGGAACAGUCCAUUUGUUUGUGCGAACGCCACGAAGGACUGGACGGCGCACGAGCGAUGGCAAACGAAAGAAGGCUUCAUGGAGUGCUGCGGAGGACCACAGACGAAGGUCGAGGCGGCGGCGACGCGGGAUGGGCGAGGUGACGCGAUAGAGUACACCCUCGGCCGUCGCGUGUUCGUCGAGCCGGCGACAAUGCAGACGACGCUUGACGACCUCUUCUCGAGCUUCGAACGAGAGCCGAAGAGGGAUGAGCCAGUAUUAUAUCUGAGCUCGCAGAACGACAACUUGAGACGCGUUCCAGAGUUGCGGGGGUUGUUGGCGCACUGUGGCGGCGAGAGCGGUGGGUUGGCGUUCGCGGAUGAAGCGUUCGGGUGCGUCCCGGACGCGAAAAACGUCUGGGUGGGUGACGAUAGGUCGGUGACGUCGUAUCAUAGGGAUUACUACGAGAAUCUGUACACGGUCAUAUCCGGUACGAAGGUGUUUUCGCUGCGGCCCCCGUGCGACUAUCCGGACAUGCGCUUCGUCAAAGACUGUGCGCCGGGACGAUACGUGUUUGAGCGAGACCCCGAUGGUCGCCCGAAGUGGCGAAUCAACGUCGAUAUCUCCGCACCAAAAGUUUCGUGGAGCGCGGUCGACGUCGAUCCGAGCGGUAAGCCGAUUCACGGCGGCGAAGACGAGCUGCUGUAUCGAGCUGGGCGGCCUCGUGAAUGCGCGCUCGAGGUCGAAGUCCACUCGGGAGAGACGCUCUACCUCCCAGCGAUGUGGUUUCACCGCGUGAGACAACGCGGGCUCACGAUCGCCGUGAAUUCGUGGUACGACCAAUCGUUCGACGAUCGCUACGCCACUCGUAUGGCACUCGACCGUCUGGCCGAUGAACGUCCAACAAGCGGACCACACGGUCUCAAUGUCUGA